AUGUCGUCUAGCCAAAAUAGGGCCGGCUUGAUGAGCCAAACUGUCAAUACGCGAAAGUUUGUACGGAUUGUCCGAGAUGAACUGGUGAAAAAGCUCAACGUGAUUUCCAAUGGCGAAAACCCACAAAUUUUAGUGCUACAGGCCCACCUAGUACCCUAUGUUAGCAACUUGUGUACUUUCAGCCAGCUAACAGACUCGACGGCGGUUGCGAAGAUAGUGGUUCAUGAUUCGAGCUGUCGCGCAAAUUUAGAGGAGCUGAUAGCGGAGACAAAGUAUCAACUUGUAUUUGCUGUUGAUGUCAGAUCGGACUUGCAACUACCAUCCGAAUUUUGUGAGACAAUUCAAAGCCUGGACGCACAAGCUCCCCAUUUGCUCUAUGUUACAUGGGAAACGGAGCCCUCUAAUACACCAAGUAAACUGCCGCAUUUUUUAAGUCUUCAACUGAAAGGAGCGGCAACAGUCCUUCCAUGGUUUGUGGUGCCAACUUGUAUGAUUGACGAUAACUUGCUUAUGGCUGGUGUUUUGUACAAUUCAGACGGCGAGAAUUUGUACAUGCCGCGGUUAAAAUCAAUGCAAAAGGCCACCCGUGGCAUUCUAAUGCAAAACUUGUCGAACGCCUUACAAAGCCUACUAGAAAAAACCGGCCUGACUAUAACACACGCAUGUUCAUUUGGCAAAGACUCGCACCUGCUGGUCGAUCACUUGAAAAGGGAUGUAGAUAGCCGCAAGACAGAAACAGACGUAUUUCUUGAUCAAGCGAUGUAUGGGGCCCGACAUUCAGGAUUACAAUGCGAUCUUGUAGUCAUCGAAAGGGAAAUGGAUUUGGUAACACCGCUGCUAUCCCAGUUAACAUACGGUGGCAUCUUGGAUGACCUUUACGAGAUAAACGAUAGAGCUUUGAUAAAUGCACCAGACUUGGCGGAUGUGGAAGUCAUAUCGCUCAAUUAUACAAAAGAUGAAGUGUGGGACGAGCUCAAAUUCAAGAACUUUGGGGCCUUGGGUCCGCGUCUCAAUGAAAUGGCUCGUGGGCUGCAAGCGGAGUACGAUGCGCGACACCAGGCUGAGAGUGUGGGCGAAAUUAAGCAAUUUGUGGAAAACUUGAGUAGUCUUCAAGAGCGUCAAAAGUUUUUGAAGCUGCACACCGCUUUGUCUUCAAAAGUCGUCAGUGAAGUUACCGAAAAGGACGCCGGUGAAGACGAAUCCAUGUUCAAUCGCAUUUUAGAAUUAGAACAGGACAUGAUAGCGGGCAAUCUUAGCCAGCGUUCCACUUGUGAAAAAAUCCUGGAACUUUUGCACGAGGGACAAGUGUCGUAUCGCACAAUUGUAAAACUAUGCUGCAUCUUCUCUUUAACACGAAACGGCAUUCGUGAUCGCGAAUAUGGCUUACUGCGUACAGAAAUUGUGGAUGCCUGGGGGGCGGAAAGCAUGUUUGACUUACAAAGGCUUGCGAGAGCGGGGAUGCUGCUUAACAAACAGCUUUUUGCCGAGUACUCUCCGUGGCGGGAUUUUGAUUCGUUUGCAAAGUAUUUGGACCUCAUCCCGCAGGUGGAAGAAGAGACAGAUCCCGGGAACCCCUCGGAAAGCUCGUUUGCGUAUUGCGGAACCGUGCCGAUCCUGACGCGUGCCAUACAGCUGCUGUUCGACCGCUCGGUAGUCACCAAAACGUUUUCGUCGCAGCAGCCGUUCAUCAUCUCGAGGAGCCCUUCAUGGCGCGGUCUGGAAGAGAUAUUUAGCCAGCACUACGGGCCCGGCAUCUUGCGAAACCAAGUGUGGGACGGGUCGACGUCUCCGCGUACCAAGAUCAUCGGCAAACCGGCCAAGGGCGCGGUGGACCCAGUGUUGGUGGCCGUGCUUGGUGGUGUCACUGUCGGCGAGAUGGCCACGCUGCAAUUUUUGGCGGACCAACUGCGGCAAAAAGGCAUCUACAAGCGCUUCAUCGUGGUCGCCGACGGCAUAGCGGGCGGACCAAGAUUCCUGGGAAACGCAGUGGCGGCCCCUACGUCUAGCUAG